CCUCGAAGAAUCUAAAUUCCACGACGCAAACAACAUCGGCAAUUGUAACGAUGCCAACAAGCCGGUCACCAACCCGAAUGUCACGGUCACCAUCUCCUCGACGCCGAAGCCGUUCGCGCUCUCGAGCACGGUCAAACAAUCGCAGUAUGUCGCGGUCGCGAUCACGGUCGCGGUCGACAAGGUCGUACAGCACCUACAGCCGCUCUCGCUCCAGAACCCGAAGCAGGACACGAAGCCUCUCACCACCCCCCAGGAUCUCCACCCCAAAGAUCAUCGUCGAACGCCUAACGAAAAACCUAACCCCCGCCCACCUCCGCGAAAUAUUCACCCCUUACGGCAAAAUCACCCACCUCGACCUCCCCAUGAAUCGGAAACUGAACGUGAAUCGUGGCGUGGCGUAUAUUACUUUCUCUUCUGUACAGGAAGCGGAGAGGGCCGUUGAGUGUAUGCACGAGGCGGAGGUUGACGGGGGAGUUGUGAGUGUGAGUAAGCUGGAGAGUAGGCUGAGG